AUGCUUUGGUCCGUCCUCCUCCUCGCCGCGGGCGCCUCUGCCCACGUCAAGAGCAGUCUCCCUUCCGUGCCCUCGGGCUGGAAGAAGGUUCGUGCCGCCUCGGCCGACGAGAGCGUCACGCUCAAGAUCGCCCUCCCCGCCCACCAGUCCGAUGCUCUUGAGGCCGCCAUCCUCCGCGUGUCCACCCCCAACCAUCCCCAGUAUGGCUUGCACCUGAGCAGCGAGGAGGUCCGCUCCCUGGUCGCCCCCUCGGACGAGACCACGGAUGCCGUUACCGAGUGGCUCAACCGCAACGGCAUCAAGAGCAAGGUCGACAACGACUGGGUCUCCUUCACCACCUCGGUCGCCAAGGCCAACAACCUGCUCAACACCACCUUCGCCUGGUACCAGCAGGACGGUGACAAGACGGGCCCGAAGCUCCGCACCCUCCAGUACAGCGUCCCCGAUGAGCUGGACGUGCAUGUCGACAUGAUCCAGCCCACCACCCGCUUCGGCAAGCUCGCCGCCAAGGCCUCCACCAUCUUCGAGAUCUACGAGGAGCCCGAGACCCAGGGCAUCGCCAACGUCAAGGUUGCCGCCAAUGGAGAGCACCCCACUUGCACCGGCUGCAUCUACCCCGACGAGAUCCGCUCCCUGUACAACAUCAAGUAUACGCCCUCUGCUUCGGCGAAGAACACUGUUGCUUUCGCCUCGUACCUCGAGCAGUACUCCAACUAUGAGGAUUUCACCUCGUUUGCCAAGGCGUUCGUCCCCGGUGCUGCUGAGCGCAACUACACCGUCAAGUCCGUCAAGGGUGGUCUCCAUGACCAGUCUCCCGAGAACAUCGGAGUCGAGGCCAACCUCGACCUCCAAUACAUCCUCGCGGUCUCUAACCCCAUCCCCAUCCGCGAGUAUUCCAUCGGUGGCCGCGGCCCUCUCGUGCCCACCGCCAACCAGCCCGGCCCGGAAAUCUCCAACGAGCCCUACCUCGAAUUCUUCCAAUACCUCCUCUCCCUCAAAAACUCCGAGCUCCCCGCCACCCUGUCCACCUCCUACGGCGAAGAAGAGCAGUCUGUGCCGCGCGAGUACGCCCUAAAGGUCUGUUCCAUGAUCGGCCAGCUCGGCGCGCGCGGCGUGUCCGUGAUAUUCUCCUCGGGCGACUCCGGUCCAGGCGACGCUUGCAUCCGCAACGACGGCACCAACGCGACCUACUUCGAGCCCACCUUCCCGGGCGCCUGUCCCUGGGUUACUUCCGUAGGCGGCACCUACCAGACGGCGCCCGAGCAAGCCGUCUAUUUCUCGAGUGGCGGCUUCUCCAUCUACCAUGAGCGUCCGCUCUACCAGGAACUCGCCGUGUUGCGUUACCUCAAGAAGAUCGGCAAGACUUACUCGCAAUUCUUUGACCGCAACGGCCGCGGCUUCCCCGACGUGAGCGCCCAGGCGUACAAAUACGCCGUGUACAUCGGCGGUCGUCUGGCGGGAGUGUCUGGUACUUCUGCCAGCGCACCUGCUUUUGCUGGUGUGGUGGCGCUGCUCAAUGCUGCUCGUAAGAGCCAUGGCUUGCCGAGCUUGGGAUUCAUUAACCCCUUGCUUUAUGCGGCCCCGAGCGCGUUCACGGAUAUCGUCAACGGUGCGGGCACGGGAUGUCAGGGACGCCCGGAGUUUGCGGCGGAUGAGGGCGGGAGUGCCAAGUGGAACGCUACGGAGGGGUGGGAUCCUGUUACUGGACUUGGUACUCCUAGGUUUGAGAGGUUGUUGGCGUUGGCGGCGCCUGGUGUUAAGAAUGCUUAA